AGGUCAUGUUCGGUAUUUCGGAACCCUCGAGGGCGGCGGUGGCGGCCGACAGACGUCCGAGCAUCGCGGUGUAGGCGCCCAAAACCCAACUGUUCAAAACCGGCGGCACUCCGUCUUCCUGCGUAUCGAAAAUACCGGCAGGUGGUGGUCUGCGAUAGCGUCCGAUUUUACAUUCCGCACGACGCGAGGAUGGAACCCUCGGCUAAGGACAAUCAACGAAGAAGUAUUGCCGGACGUCGAAGACACUUCGAAAUUUGGAAUCGAAGGAAGCCGGGGGAUCGGCGGUGGGUUACCCGUCUACACAGUUUUCGCGGGUAAAUUAAUCAACUCGGACGACCGCCGAGAAGAUGGGCGAGUGGGGUUCUGGUCGACGCAUUGACGCAACAACUCUCGAGUAAAUUUAGGCCGCUAGACAGGGGAAGAAAUAUCGGAUUUGUCACGAGGACGAGUUGAACAGGUAAGACGGACGGGUACGUUACACUACAUACGCGAACGAGGUCUGUAGGUGUUCCCCGAGGAGCCGCGAAAAGAGAAAUUUUCCUUUCGUCUCCGUUUUUCGCCUCUUUUUUUUUUUUUAUCUCCCUAGUUUUUCGGUCCCUUUUUUUUUUUUUCGUUUUUUUCUUCUUCUCUCGUUCCCUCCUUUUUGGGGAACGGAGCAAACGAUCGGCGGACCCGAGCAAUUGUCUCUCCGGUACACACGCCGCACCGCACCCCCCCCACCCACCCUGGACGCGAACCUCGUGGGUUGUACGUAUACGCUCUAUACACGCCAUUCGUCGGGUAAAACGGUCGGAGGAGGCGAGAGCCGGUGCCAAGGGAAGAAAAAGAGGACGGCGAAGAAACCGGAGGGUUAGGAAGGAAAAGCGAGGAGUAAAAAUAAAUAAAACUCCCGAGUACAGGGGAGAGAGAGAGAGAGAGAGAGAGAGAGACAGAGAGACAGAGAGAAAGAAGAAGCGGUGGAAGAAUAUAAAAAAGCAGAGGGAUGAGAGGGACGAGAGGGAGAGGAAUAAGUGGCGGACGGAGACAUUCGCGACGAUGGGACAACUACGACGACUACGACGACGACGACGACGACGACGACGAGGAGUCUAGCUAUCCGCUGCAGACGAACGGACGCGGGGUGUAGAUGGCAGACCCGGGGGUGACCUAGGGGCCGACCCACGGAUGACCUGGGGGCGCUGCAAAGCGUCGUAGGUUGGCCGUCACCCACCCCCUCCCCCCCCAUCCCCCCUAGGUGGGUACUCUCCUCGGCGUCGACGACGGCGUACCUACACCGCUUCGUGCAGGACCCGACCGCGAAAGGGGGUAUAAAAAUGACCGGAGGAAAGAAGAAAUGUGCAGGCAAGGAAAAGGAUCGUUUCGUCGAGGGGUAAGAAAUCAAAAGCUGAAAAAAAAUAAAAAUGAUAAUAAAUAAAAAGAUGGAGAUUGCAAAGCUUGGUGAAAAAUCGCUGAGGUAUCGGAGAAUUUUAGUUUGUCGUUUAAUUUUCUGUAUAUAUGUAAAAAUUGGCUGCAACGCGUCGAAUGGUAAGAAAAGAAAAAAAAAAAAAAAAAUGGAAGGCGAAGAAAUCAGCGCGGGAUAAAGAGAGGAAUCGGGAAAAUCUUCUGCACGGGGUAAGAAAUCAAAGAUAAAAAAAAAAAAAUGGUGAUAGGUAAGCUUGGAGAAAAAUCGCUGAGAGCUAUUGGAGAAUUUCAGUUUGUCAUUUAAUUUUGUGUAGAAAAUUUAAAAAUUCGUUGCAACACGGUAAAUGGUAAAAGAUAAAAAAAAAUGAAAAAAAUAUCUGAGAGAGAAGAAAAAACGCAGCGCGGGAGGAAGAGGAAUCGGGAGCGGCCGAAGGGAUUGAUCCCCGAUGACGCGAAUCAAAAUGCAAAUUCUAGACGGCUGGUGCGGAAGAAUUACAGAGUCGAAUAUUGGAGGACGCUUCGAUCAUGUGCAAUUCGUGGUCGCCGAGACACAACGGGGACAUCUUCGGCGGUCUGAACGGAGGUCUUCAGGACGGCCUUCUGUCGAGAGCCGAAGCGCUAGCCGCCGACCUCGGGAAGCACAACGCCGGCACACCGAUGCCCCUUAAACACGAUCCGGUCGCGGUUUAUCAUCACGGUGCUCACAUGCCCACCCCUCAUCCCAACAACCGGCCACACCAUCAGGUACAAUCACAUCUGUUUAUGAGCCACCCGGGUAUGGAGAGUCUCGACAUGUUGGACCCGGCGAAUUCCAUGACCACGUUGACUCCGAUGUCGGACAGUUCCGGCGGCGGCAGCGGGCAUCACGGUGGCAUUCACGGGCCGUCGGUUUACGGCGGUAUGAACGGCAUGAUGGGACACCACCACCACGCCAACAUAGGCGGCACCGUACCGCACCCCCAUCACCACCCGGCGAUGGCGGCGGCGGCCGCGGCCGCCGCAGCCGCGGGUCUCCACCCGGACGCGGACACGGAUCCCCGGGAGUUGGAGGCAUUCGCCGAGAGGUUCAAACAGAGGCGCAUAAAGCUCGGCGUCACGCAGGCCGACGUGGGCAAAGCGUUGGCGAAUUUGAAGCUGCCCGGCGUCGGGGCCCUCUCGCAGUCCACCAUAUGCCGUUUCGAGUCCCUCACGCUUUCGCACAACAACAUGAUCGCCCUCAAGCCGAUACUGCAGGCUUGGCUGGAGGAGGCGGAGGCCCAGGCGAAGAACAAGAGACGCGAUCCGGACGCGCCGUCGGUCCUUCCCGCCGGCGAGAAGAAGAGGAAAAGGACGAGCAUCGCGGCACCGGAGAAACGCUCACUCGAAGCCUAUUUCGCCGUACAACCGAGGCCGUCCGGCGAGAAGAUAGCCGCCAUCGCGGAGAAGCUGGAUCUGAAGAAAAACGUCGUCAGGGUCUGGUUCUGCAAUCAACGACAGAAGCAGAAACGCAUGAAAUUCGCCGCCCAGCAUUGACCCGAGGGUGGCUUGUGACAGCAAAACUGACUGUACCCGCCGCCGAAUCUUGAACCGAAGCCGGAACCCAUGAGCGAGUAUCAGGGCUGGCCCUGAGAGACUCGAAUAUCUCAGGAGAUUUUGUUGUGUUUUUCUGUGGUUUUUUUUUCUGUUUUCACUCGUUUCUCGUUAUUUUCUUUCGCGGAAAAUACAACGAAAUAUUAAUUAAUGUUCAAGAUUAAGGCGCGGGCCGCUAGUCAAUUUGCCCCACAGGCCGAUGCUCACGAAUCAACGAGCCCUCCCUGAAAAAAAAUGGAGAGAGAGAGAGAAAUGGGGAGAGCGGAGGGAAAUGUUGAGGGAGAGGGAGAGGAGAAAGAUGAAAAUAAGAAGAAAACGAUCGCCGCCUCGAUAAACAGGUAUUUGUUAUACAUGUGUAUAUAUGUAUAUGUCAAUCGAAUUGCAAUAUGUUUAUAUGUGUGUACAUGUAUAUGAGAUAUACGAAAGGUGAAAUAUCGAUGGACGAUUUGAAAACGAUCAACAUUUGGAAAGUACAAUUUAAAACUUAAUUAUAUUAGCGAUAUUAUAUUUAUAAUUAUAUAAAUAUAAAAAGAGGAUGAAGAACUAAUGGGAUAAAUUAACGAAUAAAUAAAUGGAUUAAUAAAAAUAUAAUUAUUAACGUAAUUACAAUUAUUAAAAAGUAUAUUUAAUCCCCCGUAUAUAUAUAUAUAUAUAUAUAUACAUGGUAUAUAUAUAUACGUAUAUACAAAUACAAUAUACAUACCUACGUAUUUGAAUAUUGUAAAAAUCGACGCACGUAAUAGUACGUGCCGGAAGUGAUAUUAAUACUAAUAUGAUAAACGAUUAAUAGCUUAUAUGAUAAAAAUAAAUGAUUGAUUAAUUAAUUGAUUAACAAUAAUAUUAAUAAUAAUGAUAAUUCAUGGGAAAUGCACAUAAAAAAGUUUACAAAAAAUGACUCUCUUCGCGCAGUGGUAUAUUUGGAGGAAAAAAAAUUAAAUUAAAUAAAAUU